AUGCCUCAUGGCCCUCCAAAUUCCAGCGUCUCCGGGCUUGGUGAGUAUGCCAUCUGCUGGUCCGAGGCUCCGAGCACCGCCUGCGUAGGCUACCCUUGCUCAGAGGACAAUUCUUGCAGCAACGGCACUGCCUGGUUGUGCAACGGUGCCCAGCCGCUUGGUUUGGUGAGAAAGGUUUGGCACAACCUUCCUGGAAAGACUCUGGCUGAUCUCCUGGCAGCAGCUGCUUUCCCAGAUUCGCCGGACUUGGAAGAAUUUGCAAGUGCCUUGACCAGCACCGCGAACUACGGUGACAACUAUGGUCAGAUGUUCUACGGCCUGUUCGUCGCACCAGAGACGGGCUCAUAUGUCUUCGAAAUAACCAGCGACGAGAACAGCGAGCUGAGGAUCAGUGAUGCCUUCAAUGACACGCAAGGACAAGUUGUCUCCUACAUCUCUGAGGCUCAAACCUGGUAUCAAGGCCCUUUUCUCCGUCGAGGAUAUGCUCCAGGUCCGGAUGCGUGGGACAGCUUUCCAACCCAGUCAGGAAGCUACUACAUGGAGGCUGGACACCUAUACUAUUUGGAGGUGUUGCACAAGGAGCGUGUCCAGUCCGACCACUUGAUUGCAGGAGUGCGACUGCCCAGCGGCAUCGUCCACAGACCCAUACCUGCAAGCUUCUUCGAUGCAGUGGUGUGUACGCAAGGCUUGCCUGUGGGCCUUGCAGUGGUCCAUGACUGCACUGGGCGGAAGACAGGACAGAGCUGUACAGCCCAAUGCCGUGGUGGUUGGAGUGGUGCACAGCAAACCUUCGUCUGCGAUGGCGUGGGCAUCUUGCAUGGUCGCGACCCGGUUUGCACAGCAGUCCAGUGCGAAGAGUACAGCGUGGAAGUCGGCAGCCUGUUCAUGCACGGUGUCUGGGACGAGGUUGACUGUUCAAACAUGGAGGGGAUCAAGUGCGACGACCAACUGCGAAGCUGGUCAGGCGUUGCCCUCCUGUGUGCCUAUGAUGCCUCGGAUGUCCUGCGGUUCUGCGAUCUGCAAGUGGUUGGUCGGCUAGUUGAUGCGGCCUUUAGUGGGCAUCAGCUGACAGUGAUGCUUGUCUCAGGGACACUGGGGAGAGGCGAGUCCGACAACCCGAUUCUUUUCAUCCGCAAGCACUGGUUGAUUGAACUUCAGGAAGAGGCUUUGCCUGCACAGCAACCGACAGCAGAGCCGUCAGAUCUGACCGAAGCUGAAUCGCUGGCGGCCGGUGCGGACGACGAGUCCAGUGGCCAGAUGCCUCCUGACGUUGGAAAAAGCCACGAAGAUCUGAUGCAGAGCCCGACUGUUGCACUGGCCUUGCCAAUAUAUGCGCCAGCACCACCGCCUGACAAAGCAAAUGCAUAUGCACUGAUCAAUGGGGAAACUCCCUGGAGCGCGGUCGCAGUGUGCCGACAGCAAGCAGAGAGGCUUGCACAACUUGAGGCUGAGAUCCUGGAGGAGUGCCGGCAGAAGCAAGAGCGCUUGUUCCAGAGUGAGUUUGCAGAAGUCUUGGACCAGAGGGCCCAAGAGUGGAGGCAGCAGCGCUUGGAGCUCGAGUCACAGAUCUCCUACCAGGAGCAGCGCUUCACCAGCGCACAGGUUGCAUGGCGACAGUCGGAGGUCAAUGCCCAACGAGAUGCCCAAAUGCGACACCAAGCAAUUUCCGAUCGAUGCCUUGCCAUCUCAGAAGAGUUAGCAGUGGCUCGAGCGGGCUUCGAGACUGAGCGCUUUCAGUUGGAGCAGGACGUCGGACGGCUACAAGCCGAGAUAGUCAUGUCGGCCAACGAGGCCAAUGCCGUUAAGCUGGAGGCGAGAACUAUGAACAGUUGCUUGCAGCAAGAGCUUUCUGCCGAAGUAAGCACUGCCGCGCAUCUGGUUCAAUCUGCAGCAAGCCGAAGAGAUGAGGCUUUGUCAGAGUGCCAAGCUGCAGAGUCAAAACUGGCAAAGCAGCAAUUGGAGCAACGCAGCAAUGUGGACGAGCUCCUGCGGCAACGCACAAGCUUGGAGGAACACUUCCACUAUGCGGAGCACCAGCAGCGCUUGUCCCAGCAACGGGCAAGCCAGGAGGGAGACAACCCGGAAAAGAUUGAAGUCAACAUUUGA